UGUUCACCCUAAUACACCUAGGGAGAUGCUACCAAAGACAUCGAUAUCGAUAUUCGACGACAGGGAGACUGGUACUCUACUGGAACAAAUAUACGAGCUCAAGGAUCACCGCAGCCACCUACCUUUUACCCCACAUUCACCCCCCGCAUACGGCUGACACAACCCUAAUAACAAACAAGACCAGGCCGACAUCACAACAAAAUCGCAAAAAGACUACGACUCCGACCUUGCAAUCUACACACAUCGUAUCUCCAACCUAGGUCUUUCACUACGGCCAACUAUAAUUUUCGGACUUAUUGGGGACAUCAUCGAGUAGUAAUCAGGCUGCAUCUGCUUCGAGAGGAGAAUUGAUCGGAACAUUUGAGGAAUCGCUUUCAAACUUUUUGCCAUGGCCGACUUGAACACGUCCACCCGAGCGACCUCUGUGGCGGUCUCCACACCUGUGUCGCAGACGAGCCCGACUGCUGCGGUUUCCAGCGCUGCGGCGACAUCGACAUCACAAGCGGCAGCGACCACUCCGACGACCUCGGCAGGAGUGUCGAGCACUGUCCCGGCUACUACUACCCAAGCAGGAUCAACGUCUGUGCCAGGAAGCACGACGACGAACCCUGUCUCAUCGUCAACUGUUACGGAUGCUUCGUCCACUCUGAUCACAACCACACCUGCAACGACAUCCGAGCCGGUCUCGACAUCAGCGGUAGUGUCUACUACCCCUUCAUCGUCUUCCAUCCCCUCUACCUCAUCUGCUCCAUCUACCACAACCGUCGCUUCUAUCACGACUUCGGCACCUACCUCGACACGGCCUACCACCUCGGCAGAAGUUUCCUCCACCUCGAUCAUGAUCUCGUCCGAUUCUUCUCGGGGGACCAUCUACAGCACGACGGUCGUCUACGUAAGCAUGACCGAUUCGAGGGGGAGCUCGUACCUUUCCAGCACCGCCCUCACUGGUGGAUCGGGUCAGCUCAAUUCGGGCAGUCGAGGGGGAAGCGAUCCGAAUAUCGGAGCGAUCGUCGGUGGUGUCGUAGGAGGCGUCUUGGGUGCGGCCAUCUUGGGCGCUCUGGCGUUCUUUUAUUGGAGGAAAAAGAGACAACCCAAGGCGAGCGCGCUGGACGAAAAGAUGUUCGACCCCUCGCACACCACUCGGCAUUCAGGAGGACCGAAUAUGCCGGUCGAUCUGAUCGGGGAUGGGUAUGGAGCGACGGGAGGUAGCCAGAUCUCGCCCUACACUUCAGGGAUGGGAUCCAAGGCGGGUGCUGCUGGGUGGGCUGGAGGUGCUGCUGCUACAGCGGGUCUGGCAGCUACUGGCGCCGGGGCGGGAGCAUACCAGCACAACCGCCAGCAUUCCCGCGAACCUUCGGACCCUCGGUACGCUUACCCUUCGAGGGGAAGCUUCGAUUCGACCGUCUAUAGCGGUACGACGGAUCCGUACAUGAACAACAUGGCCGGGAUGGGAGCUGGGAUGGCCGCCGGUGCCAAUAGCGGUCGGGCCAGAGCUGCAGGGUAUCCCGAUAGGUACGGCUCGAAUUCGGGACAUGACAACGGGUACUAUGCGACGACGCCGCAGUCGCCUGAAAACAACCGGAGAUCAGGCGGAUGGGGUGUUGCGGCGGCGAUGGGCAACGAUAUGGGUGGAGCUGGGGGUUACUCUUCUAGGGACUAUGCUACUGGAGGGUAUCCUCGUGAUGACGACGACUACUCGAUGCCUUCUCCGCCCGUCUCGGCCGUUGGGAAUGGAAGCAACCGUAACCGAAUGAGCGCUUCGGCCAUGGCCAAGUUGAGGGAAGCCAGAGGGGAGGCGCCUUAUCCUGACCAGAAUGGCAACGACUUUGUGGCUGGACCCGUCGGUUCUCAUGGGAGGAGACCCAGCUCGCAAGGGUUGAGCUCUUAUGACGGUCCCGAUGAUCAGGUGGACGACUACUAUGGCGGCGGUGGAAAUCAUAAUCGGAGGAGCAGCAACGGAUUGAGCAGGACGAGCGAGGGAGAUCACACGGGGCGGGGGAGUCUGGUCGUUCACGACGACGGUGGACCCAUCCCAGAGGACGAGGAGCGAGGCGCUCUUCCAGGCGAGCUGCCGCCAACAUACCACUCCAUUCCUCAAGGCGCUAGGUAGCCGGGACCGCACAAGGAGAAAUAGACAAUGCGAAAUACGCAAAACACGAAAAGUAAACGCAAAUAGAGCGACGAGGCCGAAUCACUAUAGGAUCUCGCCAACGCUUGUAGCAUAUGUAUUCCCCAUAUCAUGUCCAUCCCGAAAACGGGACGAAUAGCAUCAUAUCCUCAUGCAACCAUCCAACCCGUUUUCGCCGAUGUCCCGAAAAUGACGUAAUCGAUGGCGCGAGACGUUAUUGUUG